AUGGCGACUCAGGUGACAGCACAGUUGGCGCAAACGUCUCUCAACGAUGGACCAGAAGAUUCCAGCUGGAAGGAAAACCUCAAAGCGCCCGCGAAAGACGGUCGGGAACAGACUGAAGAUGUCACCAAGACGAAAGGCCUCGACUUCGAAGAAUUCUACAUCAAGCGAGAACUCUUGAUGGGCAUAUUUGAAGCAGGCUUUGACAAACCGUCGCCUAUACAAGAAGAGACCAUUCCAGUUGCGCUAGUUGGGCGGGACAUCCUCGCCCGUGCGAAGAAUGGUACAGGCAAGACCGCAGCUUUUGUGAUCCCCACAUUGGAGAGAAUAAAUCCCAAGAACCCGAAAAUUCAAGCCCUUCUGUUGGUGCCGACCAGAGAAUUGGCGUUACAGACAUCACAAGUAUGCAAGACCUUGGGUAAGCACCUUGGAAUUGAGGUCAUGGUCACCACUGGAGGCACAGCACUCAAAGAUGACAUUAUCCGGCUUGACGACAAAGUGCAUAUUCUAGUUGGUACACCGGGACGGAUCUUGGAUCUCACCAGCAAAGGUGUCGCCGAUUUGUCUGAGUGCUCGAUCUUUGUCAUGGACGAAGCCGACAAGCUUCUGUCGCCAGAGUUCACGAUUGUGGUCGAGCAGCUUCUCAGCUUUCACCCUAAAGACCGGCAGGUCAUGCUAUUCAGUGCAACAUUCCCGAUCAUUGUCAAAGACUUCAAAGAGAAGCACAUGCGAAAUCCUUACGAGAUCAACCUGAUGGACGAGCUCACCCUUCGCGGCAUCACUCAAUACUACGCCUUCGUGGAAGAGAAGCAGAAGGUCCAUUGCCUCAACACGCUCUUCUCGAAGCUCCAGAUCAACCAGUCCAUCAUCUUCUGUAAUUCAACUAACCGCGUGGAGCUAUUGGCCAAGAAGAUCACAGAGCUUGGCUAUUCGUGCUUUUAUUCGCAUGCACGAAUGAUGCAGCAACACCGCAACAAAGUCUUCCAUGACUUCCGAGCUGGAGUGUCCCGCAACCUGGUGUGCUCUGAUCUCCUUACCCGUGGUAUCGACAUUCAAGCAGUGAACGUCGUCAUCAACUUCGACUUCCCUAAGAAUGCCGAGACGUAUCUCCAUCGUAUCGGUCGUUCUGGACGCUUCGGUCACCUAGGUCUCGCCAUUAACCUGAUCACGUGGGAAGACAGACUGAACCUUUACAAGAUCGAACAGGAGCUAGGUACUGAGAUCCUAGCUAUCCCACCAUCAAUCGAUAAGUCACUUUACGUCUAUGAGAACCCAGAGAAUAUACCUCGGCCAAUCCACGCAGCGCCUCCGCCGAGAACAACACAGCCUUCGAAUGGACAGGAUGCAUCACAGCAGGGUCGCCGGAAUAACGGCUAUAACCCAAGUUAUGGCCAACGUGGCGGUUUUGCUCAAGGCAGAGGAAGAGGACGAGGAGGCGGGCGCGGCGGUCGUGGCGCUGCGCAUACCGGUCAACCUCAGCACAAUGGAACUCCUGGGCCAUAA